CCACUCGGGGUCAGGCAGUGGGCAAAGCCGUGCCAAGUUGAGUGAGAAUUUAUUAUUUGUUGUGGAACCGACCGAGAGAAAGACAGGAUGCUCGUCUCGGUGUAUCUCGCUCUCCUGGUGGCCUGUGUGGGACAAGCUCACAGCCAACACAACCUCAUGCGCCUCAAAAGUAGCCUUUUCCAUAGGGUCCCGAAGUACCCAGGCCCCACCACGGAUGAUCCUGUGACCGUGACCUUGGGGAUUAGCAUCCAGGACAUUGUCAAGGUCGACUCAUCCACGAACGAGGUGGACAUAGUUAUCUACCAGCAGCAGAGAUGGCAGCUCGACAGUCGCGAGUGGGAUCCGAGUCGGUUUGGCAACAUCACCGACUUCAGGACGUCCGCGGAAGACAUCUGGACACCUGACAUCACUGCGUACAGUUCUACAAGACCUGUACAGGUCCUAUCCCCGCAGAUUGCCAUUUUCAACUAUGACGGUUCUGUCACGUAUAUUCCUGCCCAACGCCUCAGCAUCAUGUGUGACCCGACUGGGGUAGACAGCGAGGAGGGGGUUACGUGUGCCGUGAAAUUUGGUUCUUGGGUAUACAGCGGGUUUGAAAUAGACCUGAGAACGGACACAGACCAAGUGGAUCUCAGCUCGUAUUACGCAGGCUCCAAGUACGAGAUUCUGUCAGCUACUCAGACCCGGCAAGUUGUGCACUACUCAUGUUGCCCCGAGCCCUAUGUAAAUGUCAAUGUCGUCAUCACGUUCCGAGAGAGGGGUGUCGGAGAUGGCUUUUUCAGCAGUCUCCUUAACUAAGCCUUUUGCUUAAAGGGCAAAAA